UUAGAGAUCAUAGGGCCCUGAUCACUCAGCACCCUGUUCCUCACUUAACCUCCUGAUCCUAACACAUGGUGAGUAAUGUCAGUGGUCACACUCUGCGAGGGGGGGUUGUCUAACUUCUGAGAAGUUGCUGGGAAGAGCUCUUGGAACUUGAAGCCACUGGGGGAUAUCUGGAUGUCUUUUCCCCAGUAUGUCCUCCCAGUUAGAAGGUGGUAAGAGAAAUGAGGGAAUUGUCAAUGAUAAACUGUUUGAAUAUGGAUCUGGGCUCCCUCUACAUUCAUGGUUUGCCUUGAAAUCCAAAGGCAAAUCUGGGCUCUGGAAUUGGGGUCUGUGUGAGGAAUCCAGCUUGAAACGGAAUCUAGAUCUGUGGUAAUAUCCUUUCCAUUCCAGCAUCCCUCAUUUUCUAAUUUCUCACAUCUGUUUAUGGAAAGAAAUGGAGUUUAGGGUUAUGGUUGGCUGAGCCAGAGUCUUAUGAUCUGCCACAUGCAUGGGUUUUGGGGAAGCAUUUGGAGAAGAUCUUGUGACUGGGCCUAGUUGGGGGUUUUAAUAAUUGAGAUGCAAUGCUCAUCGGAUCCUCCCAUCUGAGAGUUUGACGGUAGAGUCACAUGUGUGUCCAUCAGCCCAUUAAUGUUGAUUCCAGUGUUGUAAAUUAGGUGCUACAUUGGGUUGCUUUCUUUCUUAGUGUUGUGUUGGCCAUUGAGCCCUGGGCCUCAUACAGUUUGGCAAGCACACCACCACUGAGUUAUGUUCCUCAAUCCACUUUUUUUAACUUUCCAGUUUUCGACAGGGUCUAGGGUGGGCUUGAACUUAGGAGUCUGCUCUUACUUAUUUAGAGACAGCAUCUCGCUGUAUAACCCUGGCUGGCUUCAGACUCACUCUGUAGAUUGGUCUGGCCUGACCUCACAGAGAACUGUGCCAGGGGAAAGGUGUGCCCACAGCCAGCUUUGAUUUUACUUUAGCUUCUCGAGUGUGCACCACUACGCACAUUCAACUUUCUGACCGCUUUGACCCGAUUUCACCCUGACUUUCUGCACGGCCAUGUGGUUUAGAGCGGCUGCUCCCUCCCAGAAGCAGCAACACUAUCCAGGGGUCACAAAAUUUUUAAAUGUUUAAAUUGAAGCCUUAUAUGCCACAUAUUACUCUUGUCUAGCCUUUGGUGUCCCCCUUCCCCUCCGUGUGUGCUCACACAGUGCUCUGUGCCUGCUGUCAUCUCAGAAGAUCUGACACAAAAUUGAAAAUGGUUCAGGGUAAGGGGGUUGGUCCAUGACUAUAAGGGUAGAAAAGGUGGGGUUCUCCAAGAAGACAUUUGAGGAAGGUUGGAGACAGCUAGGGCUGUGUCCUUUCAUUUCCUCUCCAAAGCCUCAGUUUGAAUAAUGUGCUGUCUUAUUUUUCCCCCAAAGACAGUCAAAUGAAACUGAACAUUUAGCAGUUCUCAGGAACAUCGUGCAAAUGCGUGUCCAUCCUUCCACCCUAACCCCCCUUUCUCAUCCUAUCCCUGCCUCCCUCCCCUAUCCAAAUUUUCCAGCCACCGCUGGAGUUGACUUCCGCAAUCCUGAUGGAUAAAUCUAGCACCCUUAGUCUUCUGCUCACAGUAGCCACACUUCCUGUCUGAAAGGAGCCUAGACAACAGAUUCUCAGCCACAGGUAAUGUUUUUUAACGUUUUUAACUUCUGGAUCUUUUAGCAUCUUAUUCCUACCAGUUAGGUUCUUUUAAGAAGAGAAAGGAUAUAGUGAGUUGGUGAUCAAAUAACUGAAGUUUCCUGAAUAAAAAACAUAAUCUUUCUUAGUUCAUUUUCUGGCUAAAUAAAAUCUGUCUUGAAAUCUUUAGAAUUCUGUGUAUGAUUGUGUAUGUGAAUGAAUAUGUGGUUGUUGGUAAAAGCAAAGGAGGAUUGUGAGCUUUCCCCAAAAGUGGAUUUUUUUUCUGGAGUUCCGCUUAACUACAGGGUUAAUUGACUCCUGAGGAAGAGGAAUAGUUAACAGCCACGUCCAAGCCUGUAACAUUCCAGUCAUUAAAUGUUCUGCUGAAUAUUGUGUUGCUUUGCAAAGAGUACAUAAAAGUGUAGUCAGUAUUGCACAAGUUGUAUAUUAUACUGGAGACAGGAAAUGGUUUUUAAAUUAAGUAUGUGCAAUUAAGCCAACACAAGAAGUUAAUGUAGCCAGAGCAAAUUCCUAAAAAGCUAUGAACUUGGUUAUUAGAAUAUUGUCUGUCUGUCCUGCAUUUUCCUCUUAUGCAUCUUAGGCUUUUGUCAUGUGAAGCAGCCACGUCUCUGGAAAAAAAGAAAAAAGAAAACCCAUGACAUCUGGUUAAGAUUAGGGUCGUUUCCUGCCAAAAGAGGGAGAGAGAGUGAGGAAAGAAGAAAUGAAUACAGCAAAUGAAGGCACAGUGAACAUACAUACCAUAGAUAAAUAAAAACAUUAGUCCUGUUCUCUCCUGGCAAGAUAGAAAGGAUGCCAUCAACAAAGCAUGAAGCAUACCUGAGUUAGGACUCUGUCUCUAACCACAUUCCCUCGUGCCUAUUCUCUCCGUGUGCAUGGGGAUACUGGAGAAGAGUGGUGCUGAGCCUUUCCCGUUACCCAUUCUAGUUGCCGUGUAUGCAGUGUUGGUGGGACAUCUUGAAUUGCAAUAAUUGAAAUCAGAUGUUUUGGUACCCGCCCCCAACUUCCACCCAUUACUGCUUAUCAUGAAAAUUACCUGCAAUUCCUUGUCUAUUUUCCACAUACAGCCAAGUUUGCCAGCCUUGUAGUUCAAAAGAAGUGAUUCUUGGGUUGGGCAUAGUAGCUCAGACUCUUAAUCCCAGCACAGGGUGGAAGGGGGGCAGAUCUUUGAAUUCAAAACCAUCUUGGCCAACAUAAUGAGCUCAAGAACAGCCAAGACUUAGAAAGCAAGACCAUGUCUCUAAAAUUAAGAAAGUGUGUGUGCGUGUGUGGUUUCUUUGGGGUUUAUGAAUCCCUUAGGAUUAAUACGUGUGUGUGUGUGUGUGUGUGUGUGUGUGUGUGUGUGUGUGUGUGUGUAAUUUUCUGUAAUUUUAAGAACUUAUUUCUAAAGCUCCCGAAAGGUUAGAAGCCGCCUUCCUGGUAAUGUGUCUGCCAUCAUUUCCACAUUCACAAGCUGGCUGACCUGUGACCUCCUGCCAAUGGAAGUCUGCCCUAAUUAUUUCUUUACAGGAUGUGGGUGUUCAAGUUUCUACUGCUACCCAUGUUGAGCUUUGCUCUCUAUCCCGAGGAAAUGCUGGACACCCAGUGGGAGCUAUGGAAGAAGACCCACAGGAAGCAGUAUAACAGCAAGGUAGAUGAAAUCUCUCGGCGUUUAAUUUGGGAAAAAAACCUGAAGCAUAUUUCCAUCCAUAAUCUUGAGGCCUCUCUUGGUGUCCAUACAUAUGAACUGGCCAUGAAUCACUUGGGAGAUAUGACCAGUGAGGAAGUGGUUCGGAAGAUGACAGGACUCAGAUUACCACCACCCUCUCAGUCCCACAGUAACGACACUCUCUACAUCCCAGAGUGGGAGGGCAGAGCCCCAGACGCCAUCGACUAUCGAAAGAAAGGAUAUGUUACUCCAGUCAAAAAUCAGGGUAACUGUGGUUCCUGUUGGGCUUUUAGCUCUGCAGGUGCCCUGGAGGGCCAACUCAAGAAGAAGACUGGCAAACUCUUGAAUCUGAGUCCUCAGAACCUUGUGGAUUGUGUGUCUGAGAAUUAUGGCUGUGGAGGCGGCUAUAUGACCACUGCCUUCCGCUAUGUGCAGACGAAUGGGGGCAUUGACUCUGAAGAUGCUUAUCCAUAUGUGGGGCAGGAUCAGAGUUGUAUGUACAACCCAACAGCAAAGGCAGCCAAAUGCAGAGGGUACAGAGAGAUUCCUGUGGGGAGUGAGAAAGCCCUGAAGAGAGCAGUGGCUCGGGUGGGACCUAUCUCUGUGUCAAUUGACGCAAGCUUGACAUCUUUCCAGUUUUACAGCAGAGGUGUGUACUAUGAUGAAAAUUGCGACCGUGAGAAUGUGAACCAUGCAGUGUUGGUGGUGGGCUAUGGCGUCCAGAAGGGAAACAAGCACUGGAUAAUUAAAAACAGCUGGGGAGAGAGCUGGGGAAACAAAGGAUAUAUUCUCUUGGCUCGAAAUAAAAACAACACCUGUGGCAUUACCAACCUGGCCAGUUUCCCCAAGAUGUGACUCCAGCCAGCCAAGACGUCCUGUUCUCCGUUCCUUCUUGGAUGGUGCCAUGUGGAGGUGUAUUUGGAAGGGAGUUGAGAAAGUGCUCCUGAAGUGGGCAUGCCCCUGGUGACACCUCUGUAACUUUCCCUCUCUCCACCCAGUUCUCCGAGGCUAAGAUCUGGUCCUGACUCACUGGACUCUGAUGUCUGGGGGCUGAUACUGUGCAGAUAAACAGUGGAGGUCUCCAGCAGGCUGGAGUGACCUCCCCAAGUCCCUGUCUCCAGUGCCGAGAUCACAGACCUGUUCAUGAUUCUUCAACAUAUUUGCAUGAUAUAAGAAUUGUGUGUUCUUUUCCUUCUUUGCAUUUGAAAUGAAAUAUCUCAUUUACAAUUUAAUAAAUGACAUUGUAUCCAUACUCACA